AUGUGCUUGGAUCCGCCCGGUGCGGAUGCCACCACGCCGGCCGACCAUGACGAACACCACUCCCACCACCAGUCGCAGCUUGCCUCAUUGCGCCAUGCCCAGGGCCUCGCGCGCAGCAUGCGCUACGUCCCGUGGGCCGAUACCCGCGAGUGGCAGGCCACCUACCACCAGCUUUACAGCUCGACGCCGUGGGCACGGGCGGCCGGGGUGGCGCGUGUGCGCACCUGGGCCGCACGCCUGCCGCGACUCCCGCCGGCCGUCGAAUCGACAGCCCAGUUCGUGGAGCUGCUGGAUCGCUGCACCGAGCGAGAGGGCGCCAAUGCGCCCAUGCCGGGGCUCUGUCAGACCGGCGCGCUGCCAUCGCCGGCUCUGGCCCAAGCCGGGUCCCUGCGACUGGCCCUCUCGCUGGCGGUCAUUCGCUUUGUCAAUGGCAUUGUGGACCCAGCGCAGAAGGGCGGCUUUGCCGGCUCCAUUGCCAUGAUCGCCGAGCGCCUGGAGCUGCCCCAGGUGUUCAUCGACAUCCGGCAUGAGGCCACCCAUGGGAACACCCUGCCGACGCUGCCGAUGCUGGUCAGUGCCGCCGGACAGGCGCUCACUUGGCUCCGCUCGUACUACUGGGAGCCGCAGCAGGAGGCCAUUGCCUCGGCCCUGGCUGGGCUGGACCUGGUGUUGGAUCAGUAUUUCGAGGCGGCGGCGAGUCAGGCGCGUGAUGCGGCGGCGCAGCAGGAACGCCGUCAGCAGCAGGAGCUCCAGGCUCUGCGCCAGGCCUUCGGUCGGGGCCGGGCUUUGGCCCGGCAGGAGGCUUCUGGAGAUUCGGCGGCCGCCCAGCCGCCGGCCUCCUCGCCCUCCGGCACUGACAACCCGUCGGAGGGCACCCCGGCCUUCCCGACGGAUUACGCCUCCUUCCGGUCCAUCCUGCAAAAGACGGUCCCCUGCACCAUCCCCCUGGAUUCGGGCAAUGUGCUGGCGGUCAUUCGCCGGCUGCAGAGUGACCUGCGAAAGGCCUACCGGUCGCGGCAGAAGCACGGGCCGCGGGUGAACUCGCCAGCCACGGCCGCCGUGGCCGCCUGGCCAGUGGCCCUGCGUGCCUUGCAGAGCCACUGGCCCAACUUCCCGUACCAGGCGCUGGGGGCCUUCCUCAAGGUGCUGGAGUCUGGCCUGGACCUGGCCGAGACCCCGGUCGAUGUGUCCCCGGCUAGCCGGCCUGUCGGGUCCAAUCCCGAUGAGUCCCUGGCCGGGGAGAUCCUCGGCGUGCUGGUGGCAUUUGUGGGGGCCGAUACCGGGCCGGCGGCGCAGGCGCUACUGGGCCGCGCUGUGGCCCUGGCCCGGAGUCCCCCGACGGCCACUGGCGGUGACGGAGGCGCCCGCUUCCGCGGGGACCUGGCCGCUCUGCUGGCUCAGGUGGCCACUCUGGCCGGGACCGGCACACACCGUGCUUUGGCCACUCAGGCACAGGAACUGCUCGGGCAAAUGCCCGCCCUCGAGCCCGCUGGAAGCGCCCCAUCGCAGAGCUCCUCCACUCGGCCGGAUGUCGUCAGUCGGGCCAUCAGCUCGCAACUAAGCCGCCUUGCGGCCUUGGAGGCCCGGCUACCGGGGACCAUGUCGGCGCCGGGGGCCCGGGCACCGGCUGUCCCGGAUACCCCCGCCCCAACGCCGGCCAGCUCGAGCCCGGUGGUUAUGGCAUCGCCGCGCGGCCUUUGGGAGGAGGUGCCCGACUGGCAGCCGGCUCCGCUGGGCAGCUGCUCGGGCUUUUUCGACAGCGCCACCAUGUUCGAUCUACCGGCUCACUGUUCGGACUUUUGGCGACAAGUGGACGCCGAGCGGGCCGCUGCCGCUGCUGCCGCCGCCGCCGCCGCCGCUGCUGCUGCUGCUGCUGGCGAUGCCACUGCCGCCAUCGCCCCCAGAAUCGACCCCUCGUGCACCUCCACUGACUCGGAGUCCCGACACCGGAGCACGUCGCCGCGGACCGAGACUGCCGGCCCGAAGCCUGUGGCAGUAAGGUCGAUCGACCUGCUGUGAUGGAACUCCACAUUGAUGGAGCCCUCAUUGCUUCCCCCCCC